AAUGUCUGCCAAUGUGCAAUUCUUCCACAUGGACGUGUAUGAAAGGCAUUUUCUCAACCUGCUGGCUAAAAAAUAACUAAACCCCGUUCAUUUACACAUGUCAAGAAUGAACCGAAGCGGCGUACUGAUUUUGCAGCCUUCGAAAUUUAACCUGCCUAGAUUUUACAAGCUUUUGAAAAUCUGUUCAGAACAAGUUCAAAAUGUGCUGUACGUUGAUUUCAGUUUUAACCCGAAAGUGAACACCGAUGCCAUCACACAAAAGAGCUUUUCUCGUGCGCAGCUGUACAAAGUGUUGGAAGGAAUAUACAAAUCAAAUGCACGAGAACUCAAUUGCUUGGAUAUACGUGUUCUGCUGGAACAUGACUUAGGAGAUGUACAAGAGCCAAGAAUCUUUAGUCGUUGUUUGGAUGUUGCAUUUCUCGAUUCCUCGUAUAAGAAUGAAGCAAGUAUUGUUGAGAGAGCGUGUAUGAGAUAUAAUUUUAAAAACAAAGAUUCUAUGCAGUUUGUGGAGGGAGUUUUUGAGUCAAACACUCCAAUUUAUGAACAGUUCAUAGAAGAUACUGAGUCUGAGGAGAUGAAAAGUUAUGGAACUGUUGCUGUUGGAGGGACAUUUGAUAGAAUCCACAAUGGCCAUAGAUUGUUGCUCAGCGCAAGUUGUUUAUUGACAAAUUCACGAAUUGUAGUUGGUGUCAGCAACGAUGCAUUGCUGGUUAACAAGACACUGGGUGAACUCAUUGCGCCAUUGGAUGUUCGUAUGAAAAAUGUUGCGGAAUUUAUUGAGGAUAUCAAACCUGGUCUUAUUAAAGAGAUAGUUCCCUUGGAUGAUCCUGCAGGUCCAACCAAGACUGACCCUAAUAUAGAAUGCCUUGUUGUGAGCGCUGAAACCCUCGCUGGAGGACAAUCUGUAAACAAGACACGUGUUGGUGCUGGCUUACCUGAAAUGGAUUUAUUUUCAAUAGAACUUGUUAGUGAUCAAGUGAUUGCGAGUUCCGCAGAUGAAGACAAACUGAGUUCAACAGCCUGCAGACAUGCAGACUUGGGUGUGUUGCUCAAGGCUCCAAAGCCACAGCCCAAUCAAGAUGGCAGUGUGUAUGUUAUUGGCCUGACGGGUGGCAUUGCAAGUGGUAAGUCUUCCAUUGCUAAGCGUCUAGGAAAACUAGGUGCUGAAGUAAUAAAUGCAGAUAUUGUGGGUCAUUCUGUGUAUGAACCAGGCACUGAUGCUUACAAUGAAAUAAUAGAAAAUUUUGGAGAGGGGAUUGUGGACAGCGAUAGUUCAAUAAAUAGGAGGAAACUUGGUGGUCUUGUGUUUAGUGAUAGCAAAAAACUCCAGAAACUAAACUCCAUAGUUUGGCCAAGAAUUAAGGAAAGGAUUAGGGAACUUAUUGCAGAAAUAUCAGACAAAGGUUUUCAAGUCUGUGUUGUGGAAGCUGCUCUACUUCUUGAGGCCGGCUGGGACCAGCUUGUGAAUGAAAUCUGGGUCUCAAUCAUCCCAGAAGAAGAGGCUGUCAAAAGGUUGAAUGAAAGAAAUGGAUUGUCAGAGGAUGAAGCAAGGAAGAGAUUAGGAAGUCAGAUGAAAAACAAAGAGAGGGUCAUUCAGGCUAACGUUGUCUUGAGCACCUUGUGGGAACCAGAAUACACACAGAAACAAGUUGAGAAGGCAUGGAAAGGCUUGCAGGAACGAUUGAAAAAAUAACGAAACAGUUGCAAUACAAACGCGAAAAAGCACAUAGGUUACUCAGGAUAAUUUCUUGAUAAUCUGGGAUGACAUUUUUUAUAUUUCACUCAAAUGAAAUGAAAGCAUAAUCCAAUAAGAAUAAAUCUCAAAUUCAAAGAUUUUUUAUUAUUUACAAACCUU